AUGGUGGCGUUUAUCGGAGCGGUUAUAUGCAUCAUCGCCGCGGUUCACAGCGGAUCUCCACCGGCAUCCGCGGCCGCACCGAGCAGGACCGCUGGACGCUCUUCACGCGCGCAGCAGGUCACUUACAGCAGACUCAUCUGCACCCCCGUCCCCGCCGGUGAGUGCAACCCGAAAAACUUGCAGCAACAAGCGGACGACCAGUCGUUAUACGCGGGAGAGGACUGGGGGCACCUCCGCACCACCGCCGAGGAGCUCCGGCAGACCGUCCUACAGCAGAAGGAUGAGAUCCUCACGGAUCAGAGAACCAUACGGGCCCUAACGGGAAAGCUUUCGGAAUGCGAGAGUGGCUUGAAGGGACGGAAGGUCCCGGAACGGAGCGCGGGACUUGGGGAUGCGCGAAAAGAGAAUAAGGAGCAAGUCAUGAUGCGGGACGACGCGGGGUCCUCGAUGCGGACCACUCAUGUGAUGGAGGAGCUGGUGCAUGCCAUAACUCAGAUGAAAGACCGCAUUGAGAAACUGGAGUCGCUGCACACAGGACCGCUGGACGCUCUUCACGGUACUGAUGCGACCAGUAGGGAACGAGGAGGACCGGAGGCGCCAACCUUCUACGGUUUAACGGGACUAGGGACCGGAGGCAGCGCGCAGCAGGUCACUUACAGCAGACUCAUCUGCACCCCCGUCCCCGCCGGUGAGUGCAACCCGAAAAACUUGCAGCAACAAGCGGACGACCAGUCGUUAUACGCGGGAGAGGACUGGGGGCACCUCCGCACCACCGCCGAGGAGCUCCGGCAGACCGUCCUACAGCAGAAGGAUGAGAUCCUCACGGAUCAGAGAACCAUACGGGCCCUAACGGGAAAGCUUUCGGAAUGCGAGAGUGGCUUGAAGGGACGGAAGGUCCCGGAACGGAGCGCGGGACUUGGGGAUGCGCGAAAAGAGAAUAAGGAGCAAGUCAUGAUGCGGGACGACGCGGGGUCCUCGAUGCGGACCACUCAUGUGAUGGAGGAGCUGGUGCAUGCCAUAACUCAGAUGAAAGACCGCAUUGAGAAACUGGAGUCUGAAAUGGCACCACCAGCGUUCAAUCACACAGACACAAGCUCACAGAAAGCAGCAGGUGCUACUCGUAUGCCAAUGGCAGCUGCACAGAGAAGAGUGGAGGAUCUGGAAGGAGAACUGAAGAGAAAGAUAAAACUGCUGGAGGAGGAGAGGAAAGCACUGCGGAAAGAGACACAGAAACAUCAAGAGCAUAUUGAGUACGGGCUGGACACUGUACACCAGCGGAUAAGCAGCCUGGAGAAAGGUGAGGCAGAGGUCGGAUUUACUGCUGGAAGAAAUAUUGAUUAA